GCCCUUGGAGGGUAAAUUACUCAAGGAUUGAGGUUGAUGUCAGAGAUUGCUGACGUGCACAAGAUGAAGGUCUACGGCUGGAUAGCAGUGGCUGUGUUGCUCGUUCAGGCUCAACAAGGGUCCCCUUCCAAGGUGCACGUGUCUGAAGGGGAAACGGUGGAGCUCAUGUGUCCUCACGCCUCUGCACUCCCGGUCCGCUGGGCGAUAAAAGUGAAUGGGAGCCUGGUCUCCCUGCUGGACCACAACGAGGGCGGACACUUCAGCGUUGCCGCGGACAACCGCACUCUGACGGUGCAGCGGGCGCUAUCAGAGCACAGCGGCCUGUACCACUGCCAGGGUAAGAACACAGUGUACCUUAAGGUGGAUCCGCCCCUUCAGGUGGACCAACGAGUCACCCCCACUGACUACUUGUGGAUCCCGGUGGGCCUGGCACUGGGCGUGGCAGUGGGCGCGGCCCUGGUCAUUCUGAUUCAUAGGAAGCAUCGUUCCAGGGAAACACUUCAAAACCACAGGAACGACCCUACACCCGACCUCGUAGUGACCUCUGACCCGACCUCUGAAGGGGUGUACGAAGAGAUCCCGGACCAAGGCGACGUCCUGCGACGGGAAUCAGGCGGUGCAGCCGUUUAUCAUCUGGCCUAUGCCCCGCCCCACGGGAUGGGUGAGAGUAACUGUGCGUGGAACAGGAAGUCCGUCCUCCACAGAGACUCCAUGCUGGCGGCGGCGGUCAUCUACCAAGAGAUGUACGGCCACCCAGACGGCGGCGUCCCCGCCACCUUCCACGUCCUCUACAUGAUUGGCUGGAAGCCUCACGAGUCCCAGGCCCGGCCCGCCAAGCGAGGGUCCGCUACGGUGUCGUUCAGCGACCUGACCCAGGUGGGCCGCACCGUCACCAAGGAGACGCCGUAGAGACGCCGGACCCCGGCCAGAACAUUCUAUUUGUGUUAUAAUAAUGUACAUAGUGUGGGAUUUAAAGUGUUGGCCUUUUUAAAGAUGAACUGCAAUGAACAAGCUUUGAGAGUGAAAAAAAUAGUGUUUUUUUAGGAUUGGGGCACAUCAACAUUAUAGAAUGAGAUAUUUAAAUACUGAAUAGUUCUUAUAACACAUGCCUCCUCCUGUUUGUGUAUAUUGUUGACAUGAUGUAGAUGUUUAUAUAUAUAUGAUAUACUUACAUAAUAAAAAAGUUUUUUUCUGCUCAAAAGCAGAAGAAGCGUGAUGCUCAGGGUUAAGACGCGCCCUUGGAGGCUAAGUUCCUCAAACAUUGAGGUUGAUGUCAUUGAUUGCAGCGUUUCUCACGAUGAAGGUCUACGGCUUGAUAGCAGUGGCUGCGUGGCUCGUUCAGGCUCAGCAAGGGUCCCCUCUCGAGGUGCACGUGUCUGAAGGGGAGACGGUGGAGCUCAACUGCCCUCACGUCUCUGCACUCCCGGUCCGGUGGCAAAAAUACAUGGGAGGGUACCUGAUCUACCUACUGGACCACAACGAGGACAGACACUUCAGCCUGGCCGCGGACAACCGCUCUCUGACGGUGCAGCGGGCGCGAAAAGAGCAUAGCGGCCUGUACUACUGCCAGAGUAAGAAAGCAGUGUACCUCACGGUGGAUACGCCCCUUCUGGAGGACCUACCAGGAGCCUCGGAGGAAGCUGAGGCGGAGGAUACGACCACCCCGUUACUGGGAUCUGCUCACUACUGGAGGAUCUGGGUGGGCGUGGCCGUGGCCGUGGCCGUGGCGGUGGGCGUGGCGGUUGGCUUGGCACUGGAAGCUACCCUGGUCCUUCGGAAUCAAAGGAAGAACCGUUCCAGGAAAACGCUUCAGAACCACAGGAGCGACCCUACACCCGACCCCGUCGUGACCUCUGACCCGACCUCUGACGGGGUGUAUGACGAGGUCCCGGACCAAGGCGACGUCCUGUGACGGGAAUCGGGCAUAGGAAACGUUUAUCAGCUGGCCUAUGCCCCGCCCCACGGUAACCAGCUCUACGCCACUGUUGAUAAACCCAGGAGCGCUAGCCCGCAGCGCUAGGAAACUACGCUAGCCUCUGCUGCUCUCCUAUUGGAGAGAAUUCUGACCAAUCACAUCCCUCCAAAAAUUAUCUGUUGUAAUGUUUCAGAUAUCUGGUAUUUCGUGUGGGUGAUUAUGAGUCUUUCAUCCAUUAAUAUAAUUUUCUGAAUAAAAUGUUAUUUUAAAUCAAUCAAG